AUGUCUGAACAAGGCCAAGAUCAGUCUCAGAACCAACAGCAAGGGUUUUACAACCAGUACUACCAAAAUGCUGGUCAACAGCAAGCCGGAUUCCAGCCCCAAGGAAACGACUACCAGCAAUAUUACCAAGGUUAUGGCCAAAACUAUAAUCAGAAUGACCAGGCCUACCAGACCUACAACCAGGAUACUCAAGGUCAACAGGGCUACCAAGGAUAUAAUGCCAACUAUCAAAACAACAACCAGGGCGGCCGUGGAGGCUUCAAGAACAACCGCGGCGGUUACAAGAACUAUAACCAACAGGGGUACCAGAGUUACAAUCAAGGCUACAGCGGUUACGACGGCGCUCAAUCAUACCAAUCUCUGGACCAACAACCUGCUUCCCAAGGCAUGACUCUACAGGAUUUCCAAAACCAAAAAAGUACCAACUUGAACAAACCGGUCGCAACCACUUUCGCCCCUUCUACAGCUACCCCAACCAGCACUCCAGCAGCCAAGCCUAAAAAGACUUUGAAACUAGCCUCUAGCUCUGGUAUUAAGCUUGUGGGUGCCACCAAGAAACCAGAAGUUGUUAAAAAAGAAGAAGUCAACAAGGAUGAGGCACAGAAGACUGAAAACAAAGUAGAAGAUUCUCAAGUUGAAGCUCAAGGCAACAGUAAACAAAGUGAGGCCAAAUGUGCUCAAGACUCGCUUCCUAAGGUGGAAAAACUCAAGAUCAGUGACGAUAAGUCGACUAAGAAAGCCACCGAAGCUACGAAUGCUUCGUCGGCCGCCGCUGCAACCUCUGCGGAAGCCCUGAUCAAAGAACAGGAAGACGAAGUCGACGAGGAAAUUGUUAACGAUAUGUUUGGAGGCAAAGAUCAUAUGUCAAUUAUUUUUAUGGGCCACGUCGAUGCUGGUAAAUCUACAAUGGGUGGUAAUCUAUUGUAUUUGACUGGUUCCGUCGACAAGAGAACUGUCGACAAGUACGAACGGGAAGCCAAAGAAGCCGGUAGACAAGGUUGGUACUUGUCAUGGGUGAUGGACACUAAUAAGGAGGAAAGAAGCGACGGUAAGACCAUCGAAGUAGGCAGAGCUUACUUCGAAACCGAAAAGAGACGUUACACAAUUUUAGAUGCCCCAGGCCACAAAAUGUACGUGUCGGAGAUGAUCGGUGGUGCAUCACAAGCGGACGUUGGUGUUCUAGUCAUCUCUGCGAGAAAGGGUGAAUACGAAACCGGUUUCGAAAAGGGCGGUCAAACCAGAGAGCACGCACUUUUGGCGAAGACCCAAGGUGUUAACAAAAUGAUCGUUGUGGUCAACAAAAUGGAUGACCCUACUGUCGCUUGGGAUAAGGAGCGUUACGAUCUAUGUGUUAAGAACAUCUCUGUAUUUUUGAAAGCUAUUGGUUACAAUAUCAAGCAAGAAGUUGUCUUUAUGCCAGUUUCUGGGUACACCGGUGCAGGCCUAAAAGCGCGUGUCGAUCCAAAAGACUGCCCAUGGUACACUGGGCCGUCAUUGCUGGAGUACUUGGAUGGUAUGACUCACGUUGAUCGUCGCAUAAAUGCUCCAUUCAUGCUACCAAUUGCUUCUAAAAUGAAGGAUCUCGGUACCAUUGUGGAAGGUAAAAUUGCAUCUGGUCACAUCAAAAAGAAUACUAGCACACUUCUAAUGCCCAACAGAAUCCCUGUUGAGAUUGUCAACAUCUACAACGAAACUGAAUCCGAAGUAGACAUGGCUAUAUGUGGUGAGCAGGUUAGACUGAAAAUCAAAGGUGUCGAAGAAGAAGAUAUUUCUGCUGGUUUCGUGUUGACUUCGCCUAAGAACCCAGUGAAGAACGUUACCAAGUUCGUUGCUCAAAUUGCUAUUGUCGAACUGAAAUCUAUCAUUUCUGCCGGUUUCUCCUGUGUUAUGCACGUUCACACCGCCAUCGAAGAAGUCACCAUCACAAAGUUGCUUCAUAAACUGGAAAUGGGCUCUAACCGUAAAUCAAAGAAACCACCUGCUUUUGCUAAGAAGGGUAUGAAGAUUAUUGCUGUGUUGGAGGCUGAAGAACCAGUUUGUGUGGAGACUUACCAAGACUACCCUCAACUUGGUAGAUUCACUUUGAGAGAUCAAGGAACAACCAUCGCUAUUGGGAAGAUCAUCAAGAUCGCGGAGUAA